UAAAAAAACAAACAACUUUUUCUUAACAAUGACCUUAAAUGUAGAAUUUGUUUUACAAAACAAAAAAACUAUAAAAAAUAUGUAAAUUUUAAUUAAUAAUAAUUAAAAACCAACAACUAGCAGCCUAGACAUAGAAAGUAUUUUCUCAUCCUAAAUUACAACUUGCCCAUCAAACCAGCCUAAUGUUUUUUCUAUUCUCAUAUUACGUGGACCAACGAUAAGUUGUACUCAAGUAUUUUUUUUGCCAAUGUCGAAUAACGGCAUAAAUAGCGCUACAAAUGGGCGCACUAGUGCCAAUAAUACCCAUGCUACGGCAACAAGCAACACUAACACCAGCUCCUCCUCAGCAGCUGCAGCAGCAAAGAAUUCUCAAAUCGGCAACAUCACAACAACUAAUAAUGCAACGAUUAACACCACACUUAAUAAUGCUAAGACGUCAAUUAGUUUUAAAACUACAGCACUGCCAGAUAAACAACAGCAACUACAACAACAACCACAACAGCCGAAAACAAAUAACAACGAACAUCAUCAUCAUCAUGUAAAUACCGGAACAGCAACAGGAACUGCAACAUCAUCAUCCGCGUCAUUAAGACAACCCAUAGCCAAUGUAAAUGUAAAUACAAAUACAACAAAAAUUCAAACUCAUAGACGUGAUAGUUCAACAGUUAGUGGACACCAUAAUUCACACACUAGUGGUAUACACUUGCCACAAAGCCUAAAAGAUGCCUCAAAAUAUAGAUACAUACAACCGCAGACGCUAUAUCAUAAUGAUAAUAACCAGACUAAUCAGGAUGAAGUCGAUAAGGUAGAGAAUGACCCUAAUCAUGAUCAUUGUUUAGUUUACUAUGAUGAUCAAUUGAUAGCGGGCAGUUUAGAUGCUUUGAUCGAACACAUGGUACCAACUUCUGAGUAUUAUCCCGAAAGAACCUACACCUUUUCGUUUCUCUUGAGCGUGAGGCUAUUUAUACGACCCCAUGAAUUGCUGGCCAAAAUAUCACAAACAUGGGAACAACAACAGCAGCAGCUGCUGCAGCAGCAGUCUGGUACUGCUCAAGAUCAAGUAGAUGAUGCUGGUCAUUUUACAAAUCUCUGUGCAACACAAGCGGGCAUUAACAAUUCUCCUCUACUACAACGCAAGCCGGGACAAAUUGCUACGCAAACGCAAAAAUCUGCUCAAAAUUGUAUACGCCUAUUGGCGGAAUGGAUAGAAACCUUUCCCUAUGAUUUUCGAGAUGAACGUCUUAUGCAGCAGGUGCGCAUUUUAACGCGUAAAUGUGUGUACAUAGAUAAUGCUUUGGGCAAACAGGUGUCCCGUAUACUGCAGCUUUUAGUACAACGUUUGACUGCUCUAGAGAAAUAUGAAGAAUUCCUACAGUCUCUUUUACAAAAUGAUCUCAAUACAAUCAUACAACCCCACUAUAGCACCUCUGCCUCGGCUUCUUAUUCCUCCUCUUCGUCAUCGACUUCUUCCUCGAAUGCAGCUCAUAACUCGUUAACAAAAUCAUCUGUUCAAGCAUUAAAUAGUCAUCAUGAUCAUGGAUCAUCCACGCAAAAGAAUCAUUAUCUGCUCAAUGCUCAAUUUUCUCAUAUCUCAACUUCAACACCUGCUACUUAUACCACCUCCUCCAAUACGGGAGGACAUUCUUCUUCAGAUUCUCCUAAUAGUCAUGAUAUCUUUAGCAUAAUGGAUCUAUGUCCCAGUUGUGCUCAAUUGGCUCAUCAGUUAACGGCCAUAGAAUUAGAACGUUUGUCACACAUAGGUCCUGAAGAGUUUGUGCAAGCUUUUGCUAAAGAAUAUCAAAAUUCUAUGAGUAAAAAUGUUUCCUCCUCCACGUCGUCUGCGACCACAAGUGGUGGUUCAUCAGCACAGCAACAAAUAAUGCAAACUUCUCUUAAUGAUAUGAAAAAGACUAGGAAUUUGGAAUCCUAUGUAGAGUGGUUUAAUCGUUUGAGUUAUCUAACCGCCUCAGAAAUUGUGAAGUACCCCAAAAAGAAACAACGCGUUCGCAUUAUUGAAUACUGGAUUGAGACUGCCCGAGAAUGUUUUAAUAUUGGCAAUUUUAAUAGUCUUAUGGCAAUAAUAGCUGGUCUAAAUUUAGCCCCCAUUUCAAGACUAAAAAAGACAUGGUCCAAAAUCCAAUCCGCCAAAUUUUCUGUCCUAGAACAUCAAAUGGAUCCCACUUCGAAUUUCAAUAGCUAUCGUUCGACUUUGAAGGCGGCCAUGUGGCGUUCGGAGGGCGCCACCGAAGAGCGUGAACGUAUAAUCAUUCCAUUUUUUAGUUUAUUUGUUAAGGAUUUAUAUUUUCUCAAUGAGGGAUGUUCAAAUAGAUUACCCAACAAUCAUAUCAAUUUCGAAAAAUGCUCUCAGCUGGCCAAACAAGUUAUGGAAUUUAACGAAUGGAAAAAGGUAACAUGCCCCUUCGAGAAGCUACCGAAUGUAAUUUCCUAUUUGCAAAAUAGUCCCGUUUUAAAUGAAAACACUCUAUCGAUGGCUUCGUUUGAAUGUGAACCACCAGAAAAUACGGAAGAGAAAGAUCGUUAUAAAACGGUUAAAGCCGAAACUAAACAACAGCUAUUACAGCAAUUACAAGAACAACAAUUGCAACAACAUUAAUAAAAUAAGGUAAAAAUGGAAGAAGACUCCUCCUUACACACGAAAAGUUUUGAAAACUUUAUAUGUUUAGAAAAACGAAAACAACAAAAAAAAUUAAACUACACUCAAACAAGCUUGCCAUGAUUUUUUUUACAUUAAUUGAACAC